CCAGGGGAAUCCUCCCAUCCCUACGAUAUCGCUGUUGAUUCCUUCAUCCCUGGCACACGUCCAGGCAGUGUCGAAUCCAUCCAUCUCUGCUACAGGGGAAAACAUAACAUUUGAGUCCAGUGGAGACCUGGAGCAGAAGUAAAGGGAAGUGAUAACCCCCAGAGUCCGGAAGCCUCUGGAGGCUGAGACCUACGCCCCCCUUGCGUGAUAGGGCCUACGGAGCCACAUGACCAAGACACUGUCGCCUCGGCACGUGUGAGAGUGCAGGGCCCCAAGAUGGCUGCCAGGCCUCGAGGCCUGACUCCUCUAUGUCACUUCCGUGCCGGCGAGAAAGGCGGGCCCUCCAGCCAAUGAGGCUGCGGGGCGGGCCUUCACCUUGAUAGGCACUCGAAUUAUCCAAUGGUGGCUGCGAGCCAGAGCGACUAGGAACUAACGUCACGCCGAGUUGCUGAGCGCCGGCAGGCGGGGCCGGGGCGGCCAAACCAAUGCGAUGGCCGGGGCGGAGUCGGGCGCUCUAUAAGUUGUCGAUAGGCGGGCACUCCGCCCUAGUUUCUAAGGAUCAUGUCUGCGAGCCAGGAUUCCCGAUCCAGAGACAAUGGCCCCGAUGGGAUGGAGCCCGAAGGCGUCAUCGAGAGUAACUGGAAUGAGAUUGUUGACAGCUUUGAUGACAUGAACCUCUCGGAGUCCCUUCUCCGUGGCAUCUACGCCUAUGGUUUUGAGAAGCCCUCUGCCAUCCAGCAGCGAGCCAUUCUACCUUGUAUCAAGGGUUAUGAUGUGAUUGCUCAAGCCCAAUCUGGGACUGGGAAAACGGCCACAUUUGCCAUAUCGAUUCUGCAGCAGAUUGAAUUAGAUCUAAAAGCCACCCAGGCCUUGGUCCUAGCACCCACUCGAGAAUUGGCUCAGCAGAUACAGAAGGUGGUCAUGGCACUAGGAGACUACAUGGGCGCCUCCUGUCAUGCCUGUAUCGGGGGCACCAACGUGCGUGCUGAGGUGCAGAAACUGCAGAUGGAAGCUCCCCACAUCAUCGUGGGUACCCCUGGCCGUGUGUUUGAUAUGCUUAACCGGAGAUACCUGUCUCCCAAAUACAUCAAGAUGUUUGUAUUGGAUGAAGCUGACGAAAUGCUAAGCCGUGGAUUCAAGGACCAGAUCUAUGACAUAUUCCAAAAGCUCAACAGCAACACCCAGGUAGUUUUGCUGUCAGCCACGAUGCCUUCUGAUGUGCUUGAGGUGACCAAGAAGUUCAUGAGGGACCCCAUUCGGAUUCUUGUCAAGAAGGAAGAGUUGACCCUGGAGGGUAUCCGCCAAUUCUACAUCAAUGUGGAACGAGAGGAGUGGAAGCUGGACACACUAUGUGACUUGUAUGAAACCCUGACCAUCACCCAGGCAGUCAUCUUCAUCAACACCCGGAGGAAGGUGGACUGGCUCACCGAGAAGAUGCAUGCUCGAGAUUUCACUGUAUCUGCCAUGCAUGGAGAUAUGGACCAAAAGGAACGAGACGUGAUCAUGAGGGAGUUUCGUUCUGGCUCUAGCAGAGUUUUGAUUACCACUGACCUGCUGGCCAGAGGCAUUGAUGUGCAGCAGGUUUCUUUAGUCAUCAACUAUGACCUUCCCACCAACAGGGAAAACUAUAUCCACAGAAUCGGUCGAGGUGGACGGUUUGGCCGUAAAGGUGUGGCUAUUAACAUGGUGACAGAAGAAGACAAGAGGACUCUUCGAGACAUUGAGACCUUCUACAACACCUCCAUUGAGGAAAUGCCCCUCAAUGUUGCUGACCUCAUCUGAGGGGCUGUCCUGCCACCCAGCCCCAGCCAGGGCUCAAUCUCUGGGGGCUGAGGAGCAGCAGGAGGGGGGAGGGAAGGGAGCCAAGGGAUGGACAUCUUGUCAUUUUUUUUUCUUUGAAUAAAUGUCACUUUUUGAGGCAAAAGAAGGAACCGUGAACAUUUUAGACACCCUUUUCUUUGGGGUAGGCUCUUGCCCCAGGCGCCGGCUCUUCUCCCAAGAAAAAAAAAAACAAAACACUAAUCCAUUUCCCUAACCUAGUAACCUCCAGAUCCCAGAGGCUCUCCUCACCUCAGCUGAGCUCCUUUGAAAGUGAUUCAAGGGACUGUGUCACUCAGCCUCAUUUGCUGGACCAAAUCUGGAGGGAGAACCCCUAAAACCCGAGUGAGGUUGCCCAGGGGGUUGUCCCCAGGUGGGGGGAAGCAGGGGAGAGAAAAUGGUAGCCAUUUUUACAUUGUUUUGUAUAGUAUUUAUUGAUUCAGGAAACAAACACAAAAUUCUGAAUAAAAUGACUUGGAAACUGCC